AUGAUUUCUCCUAUUAUUGCCACUGGUUUGCUUUCGGGUUAUAUCCUGAUAAUGGCAUUAAUGCUUUCCCAAAUUUCACACGUGUCUAACAUGAAGUCAAACGGCAAGUCUGAUAUUGCUCUAGAUUUUGUAAGGGUUAAGCGAGAUUUAAUUGGACUUUACGGUAAGGAUCUUUUUGAAUACUUUAAAACCACGCUUCCACGAUUACCUCCCACUUCUGAUUUCGGAAAUUCUAAUCAACCGCUAAGGAGGACUAAUAUAUCAAGAUUAUACGAUUCCUUUCAUAAUUAUCUUUUUUUUGAGAGUGGUACAUCAGUGGUACAAAAAUUGACUCAAGAUGUCACUAUAGUUCCAAAUGCUCAUUCCCAUAAUGAUUACUGGAGAUCCUUGCCAUUGUUUGAAGCCCUUGUAUAUGGCAUUACAAGCGUUGAAGCGGACGUUUGGUUAACUGAAAAUGACACUUCUUUAAGUGUCAGUCAUGACCGCAGGCAUAUUGAUCCAAAACAUAAGACCCUUGAUUUAUUGUACACUUCACCCAUACUUAAAAUGCUAGACGAAGUCAACGAUAAAAGUAAAGAUUUCUCUGGAGAUAACGAUAAGCAAUCUUUACAUGGGGUUUUUUACGGUGCUUCAUCACAGUCAUUACAACUAUUGAUAGAUUUUAAAUCAGAGGACAAUUCAAAGACAUAUUUCGUGUUAAUGAACAAAUAUCUCAGACCUUUUGUUGAGAAGAACUACUUGAGUUAUGUGGACUUAAUUACUAAUGAAGUUGUUAAAGGUCCUAUGACCAUAGUAUUGACAGGGAACUAUCCUAACGAAACAAAUAUUUUAGAUAAUAGUGAACAGGGAAUUUCUGAUGAAAAAGAGGGUCUAGGGUUUUUUGCAGACAAUAAACGCUAUGUCUUCUUAGAUUUACCAUUGCAUGACAAGGAAGCACAAGACAAGUUACCAACUUCUGUUUUGGCUUCGGCUUCUUUAUCUCAGUUAUUAACUUCAUGCCACUCUUCACCUUAUAUCGCUAAAUUUCAUGGUCAUUUGUCAGAUAACGAAGUGAAAUGCAUUAGAACAUUCAUAGAGCACGCGAAAGAAAAUAAUCUGACUACAAGGAUUUGGGGCGUCCCUGAAUGGCCAGUAUCCAGACGUAAUACAUUGUGGAAUCAACAAUAUUACGACAUACAAGUUGACUACAUUAAUACAGACGAUUUAAAGGCUAUAUCGGAAUUCUAG